GUCAAUUUGGGGGUUGGCGACCAUUCGUUACUUUGCGACCGUUUUAAGCUAAUACUGCAGCAAUACUUAAAUAAUAAGCAUUAUAUCGUUCUCUUUCACACGAACUUCAGCUAGCGCAAAGUAAGAUAAUACUAUUCCUCGGGUUUCUUAAAAUUGGCAGGAUAACAUUAAACGUGUGACGACAGGCUUUCCUUCAUUUCGUUGCCAAUGCCAGCCGUGUGUGCACGCUCGCAAAAUAAGAAAAAAAUUAGUAAACACAUGCUGAUUCGAAGUGAGUAUUUUCCUUACUUUUCUACUUUUGCGGGUCAUGAUAGUUUUUACAAUGUCUAUAGUGCUUGGAUCAUACGUUUUUGCAAUUAUUUAAUGAAGAAUAUAAUUAAAUAUCUAAAAAACACGGUGGUCGCAUACUCAUACAUGGAUUUUGUAGAUAUUUUAUUUUGCGGCCGGGUGGUCGGUUUACUGACAUCUUGAGUCAUAAAUAAUUUGUCUUUUUCUUACACUUAAUACAAUUAAAGUAUUGAUUACGAAUAUACAAUUGAUUUUGUAGCGUGACGAGAGCACUACUGUUAGUUUGCGGCCGCCAAAACAUACUUAAAUCUUUAAAUUUUUGUGUUGAUGUGGUCGUAAUCUGACUAUCGCAAAUUAAGAUUUUGUUUUACGACCACCUAAUCAUUAUAGGCGCGUUUGGAUGCCGUAAUCUAGUUCGAUAAGGUCAAUAUGCGGCCACCGUUGGAAUACUUGGAAUGUAAAGAAUUUUUUCAAUAAUAAAAUAAACCACGUGUUAUUUUGAAGAGAUAUAAAUAAAGUAAAGCAAUUUUAUUACUUUACAGAUGUCGAAUGCAUCAAAAAAGAAAAAAACUGCUAACUAUCCACCAAAAAAUCUGGAACUGGCCCUUAAAGAAAUUAGAGAGGAUAAGAAAGGAAUCAGGGAAACCUCUAGAAAAUAUGGGAUUCCUAGGACUACCAUCCAAGACAGGCUUAUCGGGAAAAGGGCCGAUGAGUUAAAAAACCGAGGACCAGAACCUAUCCUAGAACAAUUAAAUCGACCAAGGCCUGAAAUAACUAAUCAAGAUCUGAAUUGUACACGAAAAGUCUUGCGUCAUUUAAGGCCAAUACUAAAAACAAAAAAAGUGGACGUAAACCUUAUUUUAAGAGAAAUUAAAAAAUUGAGAAACACGGAACCACAAGAUACCCAAAUCUUGUAUGAAACCGGAUCCGAAGAUAGGACCAAUUCAACAGUUCACCUAUCAGCUUCUAUAACAGCAGGAGAAGUAAAUACAAACAAUUCGAAUAAUUCAAUCGAGACGCAUUUCUCUAGCCUUGGCCAUAGCGGUGACCAAUUGAUAUUAUUACAGGAUAAUAAUGUUACGAACGCAAACCCUUGCCAUGACAUAUCGGUCGAAGUGGAUGUACAUAACGUGCAUGGAUCAUUGUCCCCAAAUUCACAACUAGAAAACCAAGCAGCUCAUGAGGAAAUUGACGAAACUCUUUCAACGUUCCACAUUUCCGGCAGUUACCUAGAGCACGGGUCUUUAGUAUCUUUGGAUGAUGUUCUUAUAAUUCCACUUCAAACAAGUACACCGUCACACCCAGAACAUCAAACUUCUGUAGCUGAAGCAUCUCAAAAUAACUCCAGUCAACCAGAUGCUAUACAAUUCAAGGUACCAAUGGCCAAGGUUGGUUUACUUCCUGAGUGCACUGAAAAAAUAUGUGAUACUACUCCAAAUUUACCUUUACUGUCACUAAAUGACGUAAUAAUCAUGCCUGAUAGUUCAGAACCGCCAUCUUUCAAUCCAAAAACCUUCUCUUCUCAGCCAAAUAAUUCAACACAAUCAACGCCCUUAUUACAGGAAUUAACUUUUGUUACUGAAAACAUACAAUCAGACAGUAGUGAGUCACAAUUUAAUCCUAAAUCUACCAACCCACAUGAAAUAUUCAAAAAACAUUUAUUUGUUCCUCAACCUUUGGAAAAAUCAAAGCAAACUGUUACCAAACCUAGACUUCCUGCUGCCAUUUCAAGCAGAAAGUGGCGUGAGUUUUACGAAGAAAAGGAAAAUAUAAAGAUUAAAAAAAAUGAAGCUGUAAAGCGUAAACAGGAAGUAUCAAAAAGAAAGAAACUGGAAAUGCAACAAGCUAAGAAAAAGAAGUUGAAAUCUCGCAAAUCACUAAAGACAAAUGUGCAAGUUAUGAAAGAAAAUUGUGCUCAGUGCACAGAUAUAUUAAACAGUGACACCGAGGAUGAUGAAAAUAAAAAUAUUGGUUGCGAUUUUUGCACCAAAUGGUUUCAUUUUAAGUGUACCCAUUUUAAAGGAUUAACGUACAAUCAGGCCAAAGAUAUGCCCUUUAAGUGUACUCCUUGUAUUUUAGAAGAAAAAUAA